AUGGGCCAUGGGGGCAAGGAGCGGAUGCGCACCUCCGCGGACGCCGGAAGCGGCGGGGCGGUCGGCGCGCUCGGCCAGAGCUUCAAUGCUACAGGAAUGCUCCAGUUCCUCAGCAUCCUGGGGUCGCAGAAGUCGCUGGCGAUCCCGCACGUCGACGUGCCGGACAUCCGCUGGCUCGACUGGGCCGCGAUGCGCGACGCGGGCAUCCGGGCGUGCGUGUUCGACAAGGACAACACCCUGACAGCGCCGUACGCGCUCGAGGUGUACCCUGACGUCAGCGAGGCCGUCGCGGAGUGCCUGCGCGUGUUCGGCGCGGAGAAGGUCGCGAUCCUCAGCAACAGCGCGGGCCUCAAGCAGUUCGACCCCGACGGCGCGGAGGCGCAGGCCGUUGAAGACGCGCUGGGCGUCCACGUGUUGCGUCACACGGAGAAGAAGCCCGGGGGGUCCGCGCGGGAGGCCGCGGCGCACCUGGGGUGCGCGGAGGAGGAGAUUGCGUUCAUCGGGGACCGGUAUCUGACGGACACGGUGUACGGGAACCGCAACGGGCUGCUGACGGUGCGCGUGGCGGCGCUGACCAAGCUGGGCGAGAAGAAGACGGUUCGCGCGGCCAGAAAGCUAGAGGAGAGCCUCGUCGCGAAAUGGAGGCGGAAAGGGAAGCAGGCGCCCGCGCACGCGACGAUAUCGGCGGAGCAGAUCGCGAAGAUGGUCAGGGAGCCCGGGUGCUGGUGA